CAGAUGUCGCGACCGGCCGUGCGCAGUUGCGUGUUUUGGUCCGUUAAAAACUUAAUCAAUAGUUAUUAUUAUUACAUUAUUGACAGAUUCGGCGCUUUCGAUUUGAUAACAGAAAGUUGUUUCUAGUAGUUGUUUAUUACCUACAUGUUGUACUGCCAGCGACAGGCGACUGCUUCGUAUUUUCUAACCGGAAGCGCCGGAGAGUGAACAUGUCGAAUGAGGAUGAUGAUCAUUCUAGAGCAAAACAACAUGUCGAACAUGUGUUGGAGCAUGCAGAAACAGUCGUCGAAGAAAUGAGACAACUAAUAUUUAAAAUGGAAGGAGAAAUUGAUAAUGUAUGCAAAUCUAUAGACUCUAUAAAAAAUUCCUGCUCACUAAGUAACUUUACUGCUACCGAAAAAGAUGAAGUUUACCAGAGAGCUGAACGUAUUAUCAGCCGAUGUAACGACCUCCAGAUCACGGUGCACACUACCAGGGAUGAAAUCCAACAAAAUUGUUUGCGAGAUGUCAACUCAUCAAUUGAUAAGAUUAUAAAAUUGAUACAGGUGGAUCCCGACAAUGCAAGAUCUAUUUGUCGUUCAUACUUAGACGCCUGUGGUUCAUCAGGACACAAUUAUGAUAUUGCAUUCGAAAAAGUGGUUUUAGGUUGUACACUCGACGACCAGAAACGUAUUCGCAAACGACUGCAAGGAUUAUAUGAUUACAUUGUUUCUACCUAUGGUACUGUAGAAUUUCCAAAAUAAUGGUUCUCAACAUUGUUAAGCACAAAUUCUUCUUGUAAAAACUAUAACCAUCUACUUUUUCAUAUUUAUAAUUAUGUGAAAUUUGUAAUUACUACUAUA